AUGACCGAGAGCCAAUUUUACAAAAAAGCCGCUGGUUAUUGGGCAAAUGUGCCUGCAACAGUCGAUGGAGUACUCGGUGGUUUUGGCCAUAUCUCGGACACUGACAUAAAAGGAUCCAUUUCGUUUUUAAAACGAAUUUUAGCAUUUGAAAAUCCACCUGCAACCAACCUAGUUCUCGAUUGUGGAGCGGGUAUAGGAAGAGUAAGCAAGUAUUUGCUGAUACCACACUUUGAUAAGGUAGAUUUACUAGAACAAGAUGAAAAGUUUCUGAAUACUGCACAAACUUUCAUCGGAGAUGACAACAAGGCCAAACUAGGUACACUGUAUAAAGACGGACUUCAGAAUUUUAAACCGACUAGUAUGUACGACGUCAUAUGGUGUCAAUGGGUACUAGGACAUUUAAAAGAUUACGACUUGGUUGAUUUCUUUGAAAGAUGUAGACAAUCGCUUAAUAGAAACGGGGUUAUUGUUGUAAAGGAAAAUAUAGCUACUGGGGCUGAAAUAGAAUACGAUGAUACCGACUCGUCAGUAACACGCCCCUACGCUUUGAUGCAGAAAAUAUUUGACGAAGCUAAGUUAAAAAUAGUUUUGACUGAAGUUCAAGAGGGCUUUCCAGAAGAAAUAUAUCCUGUGCAUUCUUUUGCUUUAAUUCCUAAUGAGUAA